AUUUGGUACCCAACGGCCCAGUACAGUAGUAAGCUUAGCACCACAUGAUGUCGACUUGGCGCCCAUUGUCGUCCUCGAAGCAAAGAAAGAGCGACGACAGCUACAAACAAGCGACGUUGGUCAAGGUGAAGCCACCGCCGUCCCCUCCUUCGCGCAAGUUCUCAUCAUGGCUGUCGUCGUUCACGAACCGAUUUGCGUCGACCACAGCCAACCCAACGAAAAUAAACCAAAAACCCACAACCACGCUCGCGGCCAAGCCAUCCGCCAAACCCAGCAGCCGCCUCACUGGCCACGACGCAGGAAUCCCAGACUGUUGCCGGCGCUUUGCCAAAGCAGCCUUCGCGUCGAAACAACACCACCCCCGAUCGGCUGGCAUUCAAUACAAGUACUUGGAUCGGUCAGUCUUGCUGGCCCAAUGCUCCGUCGUGGGUGGCCAUCGCGUGCCCUUCCUGACAUCCCAUGUGACCAAGUUGCGGCAAGAGCGGACCAAGAUGAGGGCUUUGACGCCCAUCGAGGAAGACUCCGCCGCGAAAUUGUGCGAGAACUGCCAUUCGUUUCAAUAUAGCCACGACCCCCGAACCACUUGCGUCGCUUUGUCCCGUGUCGUUCGACGCUUGGCGGCUCGUCCUAAUCAUGACCAGCCCGUCGAGAUGUCGGUGGAAACACCUCCGUGUUCGAUGUAGAAUUUCAAUGUUAAUUUAUUAAUUUCUGUUCCUGUAGUUGAUAAUACGUCG